CAACAAUGUCAAAAUAGUCAAACUUGUCAAAAUUACAGUGUACCACAUAACGAUGAUGUUAAGACUCAGAAGCCUAAAUUGGCUGAUCAAACGAACGGCCUUUGGUUGCGGCGCCGAGUAUCCGAGGACGACGGACGGGACAUUUCGCCAAAAAGCGAUUCGCGUUGCAAUACUCGGAGCCGAGAGCUCGACCGGCGAACUUGUCGCGUUCCUUCUGAAGCAAAAUCCGAUCGUGGCCCAAAUUUAUCUGCACGGCGACAUAACGGUGCACGGUCUGGCGGCGGACUUGCGCCACAUGGAUACAAGAUGCGAGGUCUUUGCGCAUCACGGUCCCGUAGGUAUAAGCAGCACGGUUAGGUGUGCCGACAUUGUGCUGCUAAUCGGAGUAGAUAAGGUUCCAAUUCAUGCAACUGCAGAGGAGCGCUUGCGGAGCGAAAUGGACAGGCUGGUGAUGUACGCGAAGGCGUGCACGAUAUUCGCUCCAAGAUCUCUGAUUGGGGUCUGCGUGCGUCCGAUUUCGUGCACGUUCCCGAUUGUGUCCGACAUUUUUCGAGGUACCCACUGGUACCAUCCGGGGAGAAUCAUCGGGUGCGCUAGUCUAAUGCAGACCAGGGUCAAUGCGUACGUUGGGAACUACUAUGGAUUGGACCCGAACUCUGUGCACGUGCCGUUUGUUGGAGGACCAGACACAGACAACGUUGUACCGCUAUUUUCACGUGCCCGACCCGUGCAGGUCUUAAGGAAAGAUGGUAAAGCACUGAACGAGUUUUUGAAAAACUGGAAAGAGGCCGUUGCCGAAAAGUGCAAAACCCCGAUAAUGAUGGUCAAUGCGAUAAGCGAAGCGUACGCAAUCAAUCGAUUCGUGACCACCCUCUCCCUCGGUUUGUGCGGUGACGAUUACGCGGUCAGCACGGCGUACAUACGUCAAAAUAUUAUCAAAACCUGUCGAUAUUUGGUGACGACUGUUAAGUUUGGACCGGGAGGUGUCGUCCACAAUUUCGGCGUUCCCGUCUUAACGAAGGACGAGUUGAAGGCGUUGGAAACGACCGUUAUCAAACUGGACGAGAGGGAGCAGAUGGCGUUAAAGGUCUUCGCGAUGACUACGAAACCACCAGAACCAGAAAUAGCAGAAAGAAUGCUUGCCAAAUCCUAUAUGCGGUUUAAUUAAUUCUCAAUGUAUAUCUUCAUAUUUCUGUUAUGUUAGAUACAUUGUGUACGAUUAAUCUUCCUAUGAAAAUGU